AUGCCUCGCAGACCGGGAACGUCAAUCAAAAAGGAGGAAGCCUUUACGCCAUUGCCGGAAUUUGAAGACCCAGAUGAGGCUAUAGUCUCAUCUUGGUUUGCAGACUAUGAAUCCUCUAAAGGCAACGGCCAAGGCGAUGCAGCGUGGCUUGCUUCUGUUGCGUCAGCACCGCAGAGGUCAGGACGGUUGGGUGUUGGUGCGACACUCACGAAGGCAGAGCCAGCGAAGGAGAUGCAGCCUUUGAACAAAGCAGCGCGCAAAGCGAUGAACAGAAGGCUCCGCAGAGAGAAAGAGGAGGAAGAACAUGCAUUGGAAGGACGGUUGCGGCUUCAGAAACUGAGAGGGACUGGAGUUGGUUCCAAUUCUGGUUCAAGCGAAGAUGGUGAAGGCCGUGCUGCCCUGGCUCGCUCAGGGUCAGGAUCUGAAACUAAGCACAGGAGACGCACUGAAGUUGCUGCUGGCGAAGGCAUCUGCAUCGCAGGCCGCCAAAGAUGGCGCGGCAGCACGGAAGAAAGAGCGGAGGAGAUUGGAAGAGCCGGAUGCGCAGAAGACGAGCAGCCGAAUCCAGCGUCGGUCAGACAAAAUAGCGAUGCGUGGCCCGUGUUCUUGCUUUGGCAAAUGUCAAUGAACAAUGCAAGCGUGCCACCGUGCCUGGAUUGGUAA